AUCUACAGAUGAAAACGCCGAGUUUCCAACAGGCUCCAUUAGCCCUGGGUCUUAACUGCCAUGCUUAACUGGGCCAUGCCACAGUCACCCUGUACACCCUCCACUCCCACCCUUUUUUUGCAAAGUAACUUCCGUCAAUGCACCUGCAGUGUGAGAGCACCUGUGGGAGACCUGGGAGAGGAAGAAGGAAGGUUUGCAGAGGAAAUAUUUCACACACAAUAAAUGAAGGUUCCCAGAGGACUUUUUAUCUUUUUUGCUUCGUGGAGCAUCCUCAAGACACAGGCACCAUAGCUGGCAACUUAUCAUAAAUGGUGACUGGAAUGAAUGGAUGAAUGAGGGCGAACACAAGUGCCUCGGCCUCUACAUCCUCGCUCUCCUGCAGCGGCAGGCUACCUGGUUAUUCAGACUCCGUCCACACCCCUCAGCGCCCCCGAGUAGGGUGCUCGCGCGCGGGGAACCAACUCGUACCGCCAGACGCUUCCUGUCAGCCUGGGCGGCGGCCGCUCAAGGAUCUUGCGGCUAGGGUGCACGCGCCCGAUCCUCCACCCCGCCCUCAUAUCCAAGCCCCGCCCCAAAGAUGCGCUCCCCGGACUGUCCGCCCCGCCUCCUUUCCUCAGGCCACGCCCUCCUCUCACCAUCAGGACCCAGGGCCGGUCUCUGCCGAAAUGCUCCCCAAAAUCACGAUGAAUACCUACCUCUUCAUGGUGCAGGCUCAGGGCAUCCUGCUUCGGGACAAUGUGAGGACCAUUGGUGCCCAGGUGUAUGAGCAGGUGGUCCGCAGCGCCUAUGCCAAGAGGAAUAGCAGCUUGAAUGACUCAGAUUAUCCUCUGGACUUGAAUCACAGUGAAUCCUUCCCCCCAACCACGACCUUUCUUCCUGAAGAUUUCACCUACUUUGCCAACCACCCUUGCCCGGAGAGGCUCCCUUCCAUGAAGGGCCCGAUAGACAUAAACAUGAGUGAGAUCAGAAUGGAUGACAUCCACGAGCUUUUCUCCAGGGACCCAGCCAUCAAGCUUGGAGGCCACUGGAAGCCUUCCGACUGUGUGCCGCGGUGGAAGGUGGCCAUCCUUAUCCCCUUCCGGAACCGCCACGAGCACCUCCCAGUCCUGCUGCGACACCUGCUCCCCAUGCUUCAGCGCCAGCGCCUACAGUUCGCCUUCUAUGUGGUCGAGCAAGUUGGCACCCAGCCCUUUAACCGAGCCAUGCUUUUUAAUGUUGGCUUUCAAGAAGCCAUGAAGGACUUGGAUUGGGACUGCCUGAUCUUCCAUGAUGUCGAUCACAUACCGGAGAGUGACCGCAACUACUAUGGCUGUGGACAGAUGCCCAGGCACUUCGCUACCAAACUGGACAAAUACAUGUACCUGCUUCCCUACACAGAGUUUUUUGGUGGAGUGAGUGGCCUGACUGUGGAACAGUUUCGGAAAAUCAAUGGCUUUCCUAAUGCGUUCUGGGGCUGGGGCGGAGAAGAUGACGACCUGUGGAACAGGGUACAAAAUGCAGGCUAUUCUGUGAGCCGGCCAGAAGGGGACACAGGAAAAUACAAGUCCAUCCCUCACCACCAUCGAGGGGAGGUCCAGUUUCUUGGAAGGUAUGCUCUGCUGAGGAAGUCAAAGGAGCGUCAAGGGCUGGAUGGCCUCAACAACCUGAACUACUGUGCAAAUAUCACGUACGACGCCUUGUAUAAAAACAUAACUGUCAACUUGACACCCGAGCUGGCUCAGGUGACUGAGUACUGAGAUGUGGGGAGAAACUGCAUUCGCCUACCCACCACCCCCUCGGAAGGGCUGUGAUGCACCAUCCUGGGGGUCAGCAAAGGAAGAGGACAGAAGGAGAGUGGAGCGCAGGACCAUAGGGUUCCAGAAAACUAUCACAGAGCACAUGCACAAAGGCCUUCACUGUAGGACCCAACAGGGACAGGAGGCUUGGCACACCUGUCGUCGGCACUGGCUUCUAUUCUACAAGACAGAUGUCUGCCCUGCUGCUCUCUUCCGUCCCAACCCAGGUCCUGUCUCAGCUGCAACCUCUAGGAUUCCAGGGCCAGGCUAGGUGCCCUUUGGAUAGAUGGAUGGCAGGGCCCAGAGGUCACCAUGGCCGGCUACCUCUGGCUUGAAGCAGAUGGGCCACUACACCGUUCUCUGCAUCUCUGGUCUUCUCUUUGGUUUUCAUUUAGUUUAGUUUAGGGCUUUUGUUUUGUUUUGUUUUGUUUUUUGGUGGAGAUUAAGGGUGGAGGGGAGGGACCUGGGGUGACAGACACAUAACAGUCACUUCUUGAAGAAGUGUAAUUGUAAAUAAGCCAUGUAAAAUGCCUUUUUAAUUUUAUAGCUGGCUCCACUUCAAAGUGAGGGCUUCAUGUAUUAGAUCACCUUGGGUGGAAAACACAGCUCAGUUCCCAUGCAGCUGAGUGUCAUCUCUCAGAUCCUGUCAGCUGGGAAGGAAGUUGAUGCAGGGCAGAACAAAGAACCUCCUAUCACUACAGCCCUCUUCCCCUCCC